AUGGCACCAAAGAAACAAGUUGAAGAAAAGAAGCUCCUUCUGGGACGUCCAGGUAAUAACCUUAAGUCGGGAAUUGUGGGUCUUGCCAACGUUGGUAAGUCCACCUUCUUCCAGGCCAUUACCAGAUGUCCUCUGGGUAACCCUGCCAACUACCCCUUCGCCACAAUCGAGCCAGAAGAGGCUAGAGUCAUUGUGCCUUCUCCAAGACUUGACAUCUUGUACGACCUGUACCACUCCAAGGCCAAGAUCCCUGCUUACAUCACCAUCUAUGACAUUGCUGGUUUGACAAAGGGAGCCUCGAAAGGUGAGGGUUUGGGAAACGCCUUCUUGGCCAAUAUCAGAGCUGUUGACGCCAUCUACCAGGUGGUGAGAUGCUUUGACGAUGCCGAGAUUAUCCAUAUCGAGGGUGACGUCAACCCUGUGAGAGAUUUGGAGAUCAUCUCUGAGGAGCUGAGACUGAAGGACAUCGAAUUUGCUCAGAAGCAUCUCGAGGCCGUUGAAAAGAUUACCAGAAGAGGAGGCCAGUCUCUUGAGGUCAAACAGAAGAAGGAGGAGGCAAUUUUGGUCCAGAAGAUCAUUGAUCUGUUGGAGUCUGGCCAGAGAGUGGCCAACCAGACCUGGACUCCUAAGGAAAUCGAGGUCAUCAACACCAUGUACCUUUUGACAGCAAAGCCUUCCAUUUACUUGAUCAACCUUUCCGAGAGGGAUUUUGUCCGCAAGAAGAACAAGCACUUGUUGGGAAUCAAGGAGUGGGUCGACAAGUACUCCCCAGGUGAUAUCAUCAUCCCAUUGUCUGUUUCUUACGAGGAGAGACUUUCGCAGCUCGAGACCGAUGAGGAGAGAGCAGAGGAGGAAAAGAGAGUUGGAACUCCAUCGAUUCUACCAAAGAUCAUCACCACGAUGAGAAAGAAGCUGGAUCUGAUUUCGUUCUUCACCUGUGGUCCUAUGGAGGCCAGAGAAUGGACCAUCAGAGACGGAACCAAAGCUCCAGCUGCCGCAGGUGUUAUUCAUAAUGAUUUGAUGAACACUUUCAUUCUGGCCCAGGUUACCAAGUACCAGGACAUGAUUGAGCUUAAGGAUGAGGGUUCGGUUAAAGCUGCCGGUAAGCUGCAAAUGAAGGGUAAAGAUUACACCGUUGAAGAUGGUGACAUUAUCUACUUCAGAGCCGGUGCUGGUAAGAACUAG